CCCAUGACGACCACCGUGCUGUGUGUCAGAGCUUCACGUCCGCAUAAGAGGCCCCUGUUCCAGAUGCAGGGGCGAAGACGUGCGCUUGUAGUGUGGCGCUCUGGACGGGUGCCAUGGGGCAUGGUGCCCAGCGCAUGCUUGCAGUGGGCGCCACAUUAGACCUUCCCAAAGAGGAGGCAGCACCCUGCCUCCUGCAGGUGUUCUGUCGCCAUUCCAGCAUUCCCCCGGCAUAGCCCUGGCUCGGACUUGUGAGUCGGUUAGCGAGUCUCAAAUUGCAACUGGAAAAGGGCUGCCUGCUUAACGAUGAAUUGGGAGCCUCGGCCCACCGGACUUCAGCGGCAGCAGGCGGACCAAACCGCCCUGCAAACGGAGAGCAGGGAUUGGAAUCCGGGCCUCCCACGCUGCAAUCCGACACUAGUCACAGCGCCACAUGGACUGGACUCUGAGCACGUUGGUUUGUUGCCACGGUGCAGUGCCGCAGAGUAAGUUGGCUGAUCCUUGUCCUGGCAUGGUGCAGAAGCUUGACCAAAAACUCCCCGUAGCCAACGAGUACCUGCUGCUUUCUGGUGGGGUCCGGGAAGGUGUGGUGGAUCUGGACCUGGACGAAUUGAACAUCUAUGCUCGCGGGACUGACUACGACAUGGACUUCACCCUCCUUGUGCCAGCCUUGAAGCUCCACGACCGGAACCAGCCAGUCACCCUGGACAUGCGCCACUCGGCCCUGUGCCACUCGUGGCUGAGCUUGCGGCUCUUUGACGAAGGGACGAUCAGCAAGUGGAAGGACUGCUGCACUAUUGUGGACCAUAUCAACGGGGCUACCAAUUACUUCUUUUCCCCGACAAAAGUGGCGGACUGGUUCUACGACUCCAUCAGGAUUGUCCUCUCGGAGAUCCAGAAGAAGCCUCAGAGGGGGAUGCCCAAAGUGGAGAAGGUGGAGAAGAACGGGACAAUUAUCUCCAUCAUCUUGGGGGUCGGCAGCAGCCGCAUGCUCUAUGACAUUGUGCCGGUGGUGUCUUUCAAAGGUUGGCCGGCGGUAGCCCAAAGCUGGCUGAUGGAGAAUCACUUCUGGGACGGGAAGAUCACGGAGGAAGAAGUCAUCAGCGGGUUCUACUUAGUCCCUGCCUGUUCUUACAAAGGCAGGAAGGAUAACGAGUGGCGGCUCUCCUUUGCCCGGAGCGAAGUUCAGCUGAAGAAGUGCAUCUCCGGCAGCCUCAUGCAGGCCUACCAGGCGUGCAAAGCCAUAAUUAUCAAGCUGCUCUCCCGGCCCAAGGCCAUCAGCCCAUAUCACUUGCGGAGCAUGAUGCUCUGGGCGUGCGACAGGCUGCCGGCCAACUACUUGGCUCAAGAGGACUAUGCGGCCCACUUCCUCUUGGGUCUCAUUGACGACCUACAGCACUGCUUGGUGAACAAGAUGUGCCCCAAUUACUUCAUCCCCCAGUGCAACAUGUUGGAGCAUCUGUCCGAGGAGACGGUCAUGCUCCAUGCGCGGAAGCUCUCCUCGGUGCGCUCCGAUCCCACUGAACACCUCCGAACUGCCAUUGAGCACGUCAAGGCAGCCAACCGGCUAACGUUAGAGCUUCAGAGGCGGGGGAGCACCACCAGCAUCCCGUCUCCUCAGUCCGACGGCGGGGACGCCAACCAGCCCGAUGACCGGUUGGCCAAAAAGUUGCAGCAGCUGGUGACGGAGAACCCUGGGAAAUCCAUCUCGGUUUUCAUUAAUCCUGAUGAUGUUACGCGGCCUCACUUCAGAAUCGACGACAAAUUCUUCUGAGAGCCCCUGCGCUCGACUCUGCUGAUGGUUCCCCUCGUUUGACCUCUUCAGCCGUUCUUACAUAGCCACCCGUUGGAUUUGCUGAGAAAGACAAACAUCGUCAUGGUACUGGAGUGUGAUGCAAGCUUUGAAACGGCACAUUACUAUUUUAUUUUCCGCUUCUUCCCUCCCAAAUAAUUUUGUGUGUGCCCGUAAUUUUUGAAGGUGACCUUGACCACCCACCCACCUGCACACGUUUUCCCCACCUUUUUAUUUUCCAAGCUUCCCUGAUGCCCAGUUAGGGGGCUGCCACUUGACAGUUUCCUGCCCUGCACUCCUUUCCUCUUCUCUGUCGAGACCGUUUUGCUUUUCUUCCUGAGAGCUUAUUUUGCUGGGAAAUGGUGAGGGUAAGAAUUUCUAGUCUGGAAUUUGGGGCGGGUUUCCAUUUCCUUGGCCAAGGUCCCGCUUUAUUUGUUCUUCACUUUCCUUAUCCAAAAGGAUCAAGUUGGCUUUCAGAACCAACGAUGCAACAGACUUCUUCAAAUUUGGGGUAUCCCCCCACCCCAGUCACCUCUUCUUGAAUGUAAUUUGUUCAGAAUCAAACUUCGUGCAGUGCAGAGAAGGCUGUUUUGGCCAACCUUCCAAGCGGAAUGAGGUUCUGGAAUGUUAGUUUUUAGCGUGUGUAAUUAUUCAAAGCCUUAUUUAAAUGCUAUUAAAGAACAUACCAUUAUCAACGUUAA